UCAAAUGUUACGUACAAAAAUUUAGGUGAAUAAUUGUUUACAUGUCCCAAAGAGAGAGAAAGAGAAAGAGACCUUCUUGUUUGUCAAGAUCUAGGGUUUCCUAUCUCCUCUUUUUUCACAGACAACUGCAGAACCCAUCUUUGGUUGGUCAUUUAUCUAUUUGAUGAAGUUUUCACUUGCCAAGAUCGAUACCUCGAGUCUUCUAAACAACAUUUUUUUUUUCUCUGUCCUGCCAUGGAACAAGACGAGAUAAGCUACUUUGAUUAAUUAUGGUCACUCCUGAGUGGCCCUAAUCCCUAGUUAAUUCAUUUUUAGUUCUGGUGAAUCUCUAACCCUAAAGAUCUCUUCUCAAGCUCUGUGUCUGUCGCUCAUGAGAUUGAACUUAUUUUAGUCUUAGGUUUGGGAGGAAAGAAAGAAAGAAAAGAAGCAGAGAGGCGAAAAAGAAAUAUGGAGGGAAGUGACCAAACUGGAUGCUCCAAGACAAGACAAAAUCAAGAUGAGAGUGAGAGUGGAGAAAAUGAUGAAGAUGGACAUAGGCCUAAAAAUGGAGCAAGUUCCAGCAAUAGCACCGUUGAAGAGAGCGACAAGAAGCCUUCAGUGAGGCCUUAUGUCAGAUCCAAGAUGCCGAGGCUUCGAUGGACUCCUGAGCUUCAUCUUUCCUUUGUUAAAGCUGUGGAAAGACUUGGUGGACAAGAUAGAGCAACUCCUAAAUUGGUUCUUCAGCUGAUGAAUGUCCAUGGGCUGAGCAUUGCUCAUGUCAAGAGUCAUUUACAGAUGUAUAGAAGCAAGAAGAUCGAUGACCCAAGUCAAGUCAUGGCUGAUCAUAGACAUCUUGUGGAAAGUGGAGAUCGCAAUAUUUAUAACCUCAGCCAACUUCCCAUGCUACAAGGAUACAACCAACGCCAUGGUUCCAGCUACAGAUAUGGAGAUGCUUCUUGGAAUGCUCGCGAAAACUUUGUUUAUAAUCCUCAUUUGGGUCCGUGUUUAGUCGACGAAACCAGACAAGGAUGUUAUGGGUCAGUGGCCGAGAGGAUCUUUCGAGGAAAUAAUAAUAGCAGUUGGAUCAAUUGCAAGUUCCAAACCGGCGCUUCCUCCUUUCGUUCUCAGUACUCCAGUUGGAAAACGGAAGAACAGCUGAAAGGUGAACUACGACGACCGUCUCACAAUUCAAAAUUCUGGCAAACCCUAUCAAGUUCAAGCUUUACUGAGCUGAACCCUGAAGCACAACUUCUGAAAGCCAAAGUAGGAGAAAGCACUCUUUUCAAUAGAAGUAAUGUUAAUAUCUUUUCAGAUAUGAAAUCAGCAACUAAUCUACAAGAGUUGAAGUCCCUGAAAAGGAAGGCUACAGAUUGCAAUCUUGAUUUGGAUCUUUCACUGAAGCUAACACCAGCAAAUGAUAGUAGCCAGAGAAGUUCGGAGGAAGUUGAGGCUGAUAGUGACUUAUCUUUAUCUCUGUACUCACCAUCAUCCUCAAAGCUUAGCAGAUUGAAGGGACUAGGACGGGAUGAUAAUAUUAAUAAAGAACAUGCAAAAAGGGCAAGUACUCUGGAUCUGACUAUAUGAAUGAGACAAUUCUAAGUGAGAUCUUGAGGUACUUGCUCAGAAUAAUGCAACUCAUGAUUGUCUUUUGCUACCAUACAAUUUAACAGCCACAUUUCUUUGCCCCUUUUUGACCCUAAUAUAAUUUGCUCUUUCUGCACUA